GCGCGUCUGUCCUUCUCCCUCUUCUCCCACCCCGUUCGCAAGUAGCAGACGACGCCCGAUAUCACUGUGAUGUGAUCAAUCGACUCCCUCCGGCUCCGGCCCGAGGCCGACACUGCAGACGCGCAUUUCCAGGAACGCAAGGACAAAAGUUGGCGACCAAAACCUCGAACGACUUUAGCAGCAACAGCCCGGGAAAAUGAAUGGCGUGAAUUUUCCCCAAAGUCUGCGAGUCGCUGUCCUCCCCGGUCCCCCCUCCCCUUCCCGCGUGCCGGCACACGCGCGCGCGCGUGUGUGUGUGGUGGUGUUGUGUCAGUUGGAUGUCGGUGGUCGACGCGAGAGGAGGCCGGCAUGAGAACCGUCGCUUGCUCCUUGUUGGCGCGGGAGAGCUCGUCCGCGGUCCGGACGCGCGCGUGCAUGAGUGUGUCUGUUGUGCGUCACAUUGCCCAGUGAAAACCCCACCAUGUACGGAUAAACACACCCGGCUCCUGGGAGUGCCGCUCACCCGCUCACCGCCCGCAUCGGCUUGCCGCAAAGGAAACGAUGGCGUUCCCCCGCCAGUGCCAAACGCCCGAGUAUGACGACUACAAGAUCGCCCGCUUCGCUCAGCUCGGGCUGAUGCCGACGGCGAUGAGGUCGGACCCGUACUUCCCGGCCAUGAACUGGAACGGCACUGGUGGCGUGAUGGAGAUCGACGGCUCCCGCAGAGAUCGACUUUCCAAUUCGGCUCAGAAAAAGUUCCGGCGGUGGAGCCGGCGAUUGAACGGCCAGCACGCCAACGGAACCGGCUGGGUCAUGAGGCACGAGCCCUCGAGGUCCGCGAACUGCACUCCCUACCAUGGAACGCCGGAGGGCGGAGGACGCGACUUCGUCAGGCGGAGAGCGCGAAGCCAAGGGCCGCCGUCCUUUCCCCGAUCAGCCCAACAAUUACCAUACGACUGCGACGUUGCCGUCCCAUCCAAUCCCAGGAGGAGGUGGUCCUCGCGCUUGGAACGGCGUCUCUUCAAGCCUCAGCGCCGGCUGAUGUGCGUAGACGAGCCGCUCGCCACCGAGCUGCCUCCGGAGCCUCAGGGUCCCGCCCUCGUCCAGCGCACGAGAAUGGCGAGAGGCUCCCCGAUGAAAGACUGCCCUGUCGGUGUGUCCGCACCAUACGACCCGGGUCAGCAGCUGUAUACCUGCAGAAGUCAGCUGCCGUCUAGGAGUGAAACAGCUCUAGACCUCACGACCCAGCCUGGUGGCAGGACUGACGGCUCGAGAGAGAAGACGACCUCUCUUGACAUAGAGACUCUUUUUUACCGACGCGCGAAAUGCCAAUCAGAAACGGAAAAAUGUGACGAACGAAAGAGCCCAGUAAAAACAUCAGCCACUUCAGAUGCCCCUGUCAUCGUGAAGGAACUUAGAGGAAGGAGAGUUGAAUCGCCCUGUAAAGGAAAAUGUAGUACGGUGCCUGUCAGCUUUCCAUUGGAUGCAAACACUUUCUUUGGCAACAAAGACAAAUCGAGGAGGCCCAGUACUGACUUGAAACCAACGAUUCUGGAUAAAUCAAGAAGACUGAGUGUUGAUUUAGGCGCACCAAAUCUAGAUAAAUCAAGACGACUGAGUGUUGAUUUAGGUGCACCAAAUCUAGAUAAAUCAAGAAGGCUGAGUGUUGAUUUAGGUGCACCAAAUCUAGAUAAAUCAAGAAGACUGAGUGUUGAUUUAGACGCACCAAGCCUUGAUAAAUCAAGAAGACAAAGUGUUGAAUCGGUCUCAACGAAUAAACCAAUUGAAUUAAAUGCACUAAGGCCACAGUGUGGUAUGCCUCAGGAAACCAGCACCGCUUCCACCGACAUAGCUAUCAAUUCAAAUGACCAGAACAAACCCAAUUUUGGGGCGGCACGUCGAAGAAGAUCUAGUCAAGACUCGGACAUAAGCAUAGUUGCAGUCAUUAACGCGCGAGACAACAGAGAGAAACCAAUGGAAGAAACACCAAAGUCCUGCGCCCCGAAAAGCUCAAAGAAAUCUGGGGGAAGAUGUGAAAGCAGUAGGACUCCCGCUAGUUCUGAAAGAACUUCGAGUGCUCAUCGCAGUAACAGCACAGAGGCCCAGAAGACAGAACACCCUACUAAGCUGCCGAGACGCUCCAGCCCUUCAGGAGACUUAAAGCCGAAAGCCAUAAUCAAGCCCGGCCUCAGAAGCGCGAAAAAAGACCCAAAGAAAACCCCAGCAGCCAAGGCCGAGAGGAGGCGUAGCUCGCCCAUACAGACUGGGAGUGGCACGCCCCCGCGCAAGCUGGUGCAGAAGACGCUGGACUCGUUCUUCUGCAAGGAGAGCAGCGGCCAUGUCCGCCGCAUUUAUCAAGACGAGGAGCCGAAGCAGCCAGUCGUCCGGGUGACGCCAUUGGAGGUCGAGGAGAGAUUCAAGCUGCUGGCAGACCGUCCUGGCUCUUCGGCCGCGGCGCGCCUAGCGCUCGUAACGCCCAUCCCCAGCCCGGCCAAGAAGAGGCCGUGCGAGGACGCGAGCAGCCCACCAAGGAAAGUUUCCAGGCGAUCCUCUGCAGACGUCGACGCGGACACGAGGAAGUACGACACCGUUAGAGACGUGUCACCCUCGUGUCCGCUCAAAAAAGUAUUCAGCGUUUCCAAACCCCCUAGUAAAACUGAAGCGCCAGAUAGUAAAAAAGAUCGACAUGACUCCAGUCACCAACGGUCUCGGGAGAGAAGUCAAUCUUCUUUGAAAAGGAGUUCUCGAGAAACAAGUCAUUCAAAGAGUUCUCGGGAAAGAAGUCCCUCCUCGAAAAAGAAUUCUCGAGGAAGUCCGUUGAAAAAGAGUUCUAAUGAAAGAAGUUCCUCCUCCCGGAAAAGCAGAUCUCAAGAAAGAAGUUUAUUCUCCUUGACAAAGAGCUCUCGAGAAAGAAGUCCGUCCUCCAUGAAAUAUAAUUAUCGAGAAAGAAGUCCGUCAAAAAAGAGUUCUCAUAAAAGAAGUCACUCUUCCCAUAAAAGCAGAUCUCAAGAAACAAGUUUCUCAUCCCUGAAAAAGAGCUCACGAGAAAGAAGUCCAUCCUCCUUCAAAAAGAGUUCCCGAGAAAGCAGUCAGUCAAAAAGGAGUUCCCGAGACAGAAGCCCGGUGAAAAAGAGUUCUCGAGAAGGAAGUCCGUCGAAAAAUAGCUCUCGAGAAAGAAGCCCAUCGAAAAAGAGUUCUCAAAACAAAAGCCCAUCGAAUAAGAGUUCCCGAGGAAGUAGCCCACCAAAAACGAGUUCUCGGGACCAAAGCCCAUCGAAAAAGAGUUUCCGAGAAAGUAGCUCAUCAAAAAAGAGUUCUCGAGAUCAAAGCCCGUCGAAAAAGAGUUCCCGAGAAAGUAGCUCAUCAAAAAAGAGUUCUCGAGACAAAAGCCCAUCAAAAAAGAGUUCUCGAGACAAAAGCCCAUCGAAAAAGAGUUCCCGAGAAAGUAGCCCAUCAAAAAAGAGUUCUCGAGACGAAAGCCCAUCAAUAAAGAGUUCUCGAGACAAAAGCCCCUCGAAAAAGAGUUCUCGAGACAAAAGCCCAUCGAAAAAGAGUUCUCGAGAAAGAAGUCCUUCGAAAAAGAGUUCUCGAGAAAGAAGUCCUUCGAAAAAGAGUUCUCGGGAAAGAAGUCCGUCGAAAACGAGUUCUCGUGAAAGGAGUCCGUCGAAAAGGAGCUCUUGCGUAAAAAGGCUGUCAGAAAAGAGUUCCCGUGAAAAUUUCUCCUCUACGAAAAAGAGUUCCAGUGAAAGAAGUUCAUCCUCAAAGAGUUCGCAGGUCAAAGACUUGGAUAAAUCAUUGAGAGGAUCGGUCCAAAAGUCACCAGAAAAAUGGCUACCGGCCCCACAAGACUCCCGUGACACAAAUUGGACAAGCACUGAAAACAUUAAAAAAUGCUCGCCGAGAAAAUUAAGCAAGAAGUACCGUAAAUGGAAGCGCUCGCCCUCUAAAAAGAGCAUCCUUGGCCCUAGUGAUCUGUCUUACCUGUUCAAGCAGGCUUACAUGGAAUCCAAGUCUGUGGAUUUUACAGCCAAGGAGCGUGACCAGCGUGACACUAGCUGCAAGAAAGACAAAAGAAUUGAGACAGACCCUGGCUCCUCCAUCCAGGAUACAACUGCUGGAAAUCUCAGUGAAAACCCCAUGGACGUAAAGAAACCGCAGGUGCAGUCACCUGUAAGAGAUCGAGAUCCAUCUGAAACAGUCCGCGGGGAUGUUGCGGGCGCCCUGACCUCGAUUACCCUGGACAAUGCAUCUGAAAAGCACACUGCGGAGUUCAAUGACAAACAGGACGUAAAACUAGAAUCGAAAUCCCCCCGCAUACGGGAUAACACAGGGAGAUUUGUCAACAAAACACCAGCAGCUGACCCUGUGCAACUAGAUCUCCCUCCCUCUGAAUAUUUCUCCGCUGGCUCUCUCGUGGUAAGAGUUCGAGACCCCAACACUGGAAGAUUCGUCAGUGAAAAAGUGGUGCUGGACCGGGGAACCAACCACUUCUCCGCGCCCGCCAAGCCCUGCGAAUCGAAGAGUGCCGCCGAGUCUCCCAGCCGGUCGCCGGCGAGGCUCUGCAAGCGGUCACCCACGCGAGCGAGCGACUGCGGCUCCCCCGCCAAGAUCCCGAGCAGCGCGUCCAAGACCAGGACUGAGGUGGCCGACGUGCCCACGCUCCGCUCCGCCACCCCCAGGAAGCCGACCAGGACUGAGGUGGCCGACGUGCCCACGCUCCGCUCCGCCACCCCCAGGAAGCCCGUGUCCCCCACCAAAGUGGCGCGCUCCUCCCCGGCCAAAGUGACGGCCGCGCGCCUCUCCCCGGCCAAGAAGACCGCCUCCCCCACCAAGGCGGAGCGCGCCUCCCCGGCCAAGAGGACCUCGUCACCCAGCAAGGCUGGGCGCCCCUCCCCGGCCAACAACGCCGACGACAUCGCCGUCGUCAUCCAGCCCGAGGAGGAGCUGCUGCAGGCGCAGCAGGACAGGGCGGCGAGCGCGGCGGAGGCCGAGAAGGCGGCGCAGCGCAACAAGCAGCGCCACACCCGCGGCCGCAAGGUGUACGAGUACUGCCCCGCGCUGGACGAGCACCUGGAGCGACAUCCGGCUCAGAACGAGAUUCCAGCCGACAAGUGGGUCAAAUGGCUCAACCCCACGCAGCUGCGCUGCCUCAGCCUCGCCAUGCUGGACAACGCGGACCUGUGCCUGAGGUACUCGCUGGAGGCGAGGCGCGUGGAACGGUGGGAGGCGGCGUGGGUCAGCCUCGCGCGCCGGCUCAACACCAUCUGCUACAACAGGCUGACCAACCUCAACACGGGCCUGCGCCUGACGGUCAUGGAGUGGAAGAAGUUGUGGCUGGACAUGCGGUCCCUGAUCAGGUCGCGGGUGGAGGCCAUGCCGCGGGAGCAGCGACGCCACGGGCUGGGGUCACUAGAGUGCCUGCUGUUCAGCGAGGACCUGUACAAGGCGCUCAUGAAGUCGAAAGGGGAAUGUUUGGGAGAGGACUGUCCGCGAAUAUGGUGCAGUGGAGCAUGUGUUGGGGUAUUCUGUCCAACGAUAGAACAAACCAAUCGACGGGGAACCGAAGAGUAAACAACGGAUGUGAUAGGACCAAUGUGAUGUGCAUGUGUUUAUAAUUUUUAAAUUAAUCUUGUACUAUAAUGUAUUUUAUGUAAUUUAU